UUUUGCGAAUAGACUGAAGCAGUGAUACUGGCAGGUGAAUACAGUCAGAUUUGAACUUCGAUACAACAGAAUUUUUUUUCUCAUAUAUAAUUUUCACCUCCCUGGGACACAUUUUGGAGUUUGUUGGACAUUUCCAGUGCUACUGCUUCAUUUUUCAGACUGAGGGUCCUAGUUGCCUCUCAAGAAUGUUCUCUUUUUGGAAAAUGUCUCGCAGGUAGCACUCAAUCAAAGUGGACUGUGGCGUGGAAAUGGUCACUGUGACUGCCUUAUUGGCAAUCUGCAUAUGGAUACAAGCACAGACUACCUCAGGACAGAAAAUCUGUCCCGUAACUGAGCGUAAACAGGUGGAUUUCAAUGUAGAAUACUCUCUCCCUUACUUUGAAACUGAAAAACCUAUUCAAAACAUUGAGCUAAAAAGGGAUUCGGAUUUAACAGAAGUGUAUCUCGGAUAUCAGAAUGCAGUUAUUGGAGUUGAUGAUUCUAUGAGAAAAAAAUGGGAGUUGAAAACGGGCCCAAUAGGCAGUUCUGACUGUGAUACCUGUUUGGUAUGUGACACAGAAACUAAUCCAGAGGAUCUAGUGGACACAGACAACAAGGUUCUUGUUUUGGAUCCCUUUGCUUAUUUUCUUCCCUACCUUUAUAUUUGUGGAAGCACUCAGCAUGGUGUAUGUUACUUUAUUGAAGUUGAUUCUCCAAAACUUGAACCCAAAUGCUUAUACAAAAGAGAGCAGAACUUUCCUACCAAUUGUCCUGACUGUGUGGCCAGCCCUCUUGGCACCAAAGUCACAAUCGUUGAGGAUAGAAACAUUGCAUUAUUCUUUGUAGCAUCUACAAUCAAUGACAAAUUGGUGCAGGAAUAUCCACGGAGCUCAAUAUCGGUCCUGAGGCCACUUGCGACCGAAGAUGGAUUCCUCAAGAUCACAGAUGGGUUGACGGUGCUGCCCAAUCUACGCAACUCCUACAGCAUUGACUACAUUUACAGCUUCUCCACCAAAGAGUUUGUCUACUUUCUAUCCCUGCAGAGGGAAAAUCCCUCCAGGAACAACUCUGCCUUUCAGACUCAUCUGGGACGGCUACCCAUUUCAGCUCCAGAGGUCUGGAUGUACAGAGAACUGGUGCUGGAGUGCCGCUAUGAACCAAAGCGCAGAAAGAGAAGCAACUACAGGGAUGUUGUGUACAAUGGACUACAGGCGGCCCAUUUAGGGCAUGCUGGAAAGGACUUGGCUGAAGAAUUGAGGGUCAGCACAACGGAGAACAUCUUGUAUGGGGUGUUUGCAGUAGUCAAUGAGCAAGGGGAACCUCAGAGGAGCUCAGCCCUCUGCGCGUUCCCUUUGAGUAAAAUCAACGAUGCCAUUGAUAUGGGAGUGGAGGCAUGUUGUUCCUCAGGCCCAGAACAGCUGUCCAGAGGCCUCUGCCAUUUCCAGCCGUGUGAGAGCUGCCCGCAUGAGAAUUCUGCGGGGAAUCAUACAUGCAGUCAAAAGGCCACACUGAUCUCUAAGCCGCACUACAGGCUGGAUAUCUUCAACAGCAAGAUGACGGAUGUCCUGUUCACAUCUGUUCUGGUCAACACCAUAGGAAAUCAUACGAUUGGGCAUUUUGGCACAUCAGAUGGCAGGAUAAUUCAGAUGAUUCUCACCUGGCACAAGCUAAUAGUUUUUGCCAACUAUUCCCUGGGAAAGGAUGAAAUAUUCAGGACAGCAACUACUUACUCUGAAGAUUACCUUAUCUUUGCAGCUGGAAACAAGAUGUUCAAGGUGCCAUCUGCAGGACCGGGAUGUGAACAUUUUUUGACAUGCCCUGUGUGUUUAAUGGCUCCAAGCUUCAUGAACUGCGGCUGGUGUUCUGGCAAAUGCUCCAGGAGGCCUAAUUGUACCUCAGUCUGGAACAAAGACUCAUGUGCACCUAUUAUAACUCAGUUGUUCCCUAAAACAGCACCUGCUGGAGGGGAGACAGAGGUAACACUGUGCGGUUCAGAAUUCCAAUCUGCUCGGCGGCCAGCCAUCAUUAAUGGAAAAACACACAUCAUAAAAGUGAACUCUGGGACCUUAUGUGUUGUCCAGCCUACAAGAAGCAACAGUACAAUGCUGUUUUGUAAACUGAAUGAAAAAGUACCAAACCAAGACCUGAACAUCACUCUGCAAAUAGAUGAGGGAGAGGUGGAGGGUGUCUACUCCAUUGAAGGUACAGCCCAAAUAUCUGGCUUCUCUGUUGUGGAGCCCAGCAUUAUAGACAUCAAGCCAGACCAUGGCCCCAUGUUUGGAGGAACCCAUGUUACACUCAUCGGGAAACAUCUCUACGCGGGGAACCAAAGAGAGGUUCUAUUUGAAGACCAAAAAUGCAGAUUGAUUUUAAGUGAUCCCAAGGAAAAAGAAAAUUUGUCUUCAAUAAUCUGCAGUACUCCACCGGCGAAAAACAUUGGGGAGGUGCCAGUGAAAGUUUUAAUUGACAACCUUGAAGUGACAUCAGCUAAAAAGUUUUUCUAUAAAAGAGAUCCUGUCAUACACUCUGUUGAGCCCAGAUGCAGCUUCAGAAGUGGCUCCAAGCUUGUUAUAAAUGGUCAGAAUCUGGAUUCAGGCCACAGACCUGUCGUUCAGUAUACUUCUACAACAUCUUCAAAGACUGUAGAUCAAGUAUGUAACGGCUCAAGAAACGCCACGCACCUGGAGUGCUGGACCCCAGCCUUUUCGGCGGAGGUACAGGAGGUUAAUCAUGGAUACAUUUCCAUUCAGAUAGAUGGAAAAGAAGAUCUUUUCAGAGAAAAGUUUGUCUACCACGCGGAUGCCAAAGUCAUCCCGUUUGAACAUGAUGACAACAUUUUACGUCUGAAACCAGGAGAUGAUGAAGUUUCACUGCAUCACAACAAACUACAGUCAGUGGAGAAAUGCAUGAAAAUAACAAUGAGCAUUGGCAGUGAGCUUUGCAAGCAUAAAGUUCUUCUUAAUGAGGUGACCUGCAGGAUUCCUAAAGACCUGAUUAUCCCCAGCGCAGGAUUACCGGUUAAAGUUUCUGUCAAUGGGGAAGAUUAUGAUGUGGGCACUGUUGUCAGCACCAAAACCAACAACGACACUGUGAUUGCAGGUAUUGUGCUGGGCAUUAUUGCAGCACUGGUCGUAGGUGCUGGCCUUGCACUGUUUGUGAUGAGACAUCUAAGAAACAAAGAGAGAGCCAGCAUAGAACGACGUUUGUCAACAAUGUCCCGAAAUCGGAUGGGGAGCAGGAUGGACUUAUCUCCAACAAUUGAAUACCGACAAAGUCAGAUGUUGAGUCCCACAGGAGCUAUGGCCUUCCAAGGUUUAAUAUAUGCCUCUGGCUAUGAUCAUGUGGCUGUGCCUUUAAUGCCAAGAGACAACAUGUCUAUGAUUAGCACAAACCCUGAACUGCUUGAAGAAGUUAAAGAUGUGCUUAUUCCUGCUGAGAGGCUCAGAAUUGAGGAGGGGCAGAUUAUUGGAAAAGGUCACUUUGGGACUGUUUAUCAUGGAUAUCUAAUAGAAAGCGAUAAACAAGAAACUCACUGUGCAGUAAAAUCAUUAAACAGAAUCACAGAUUUGGUUGAAGUGGACCAGUUCCUGAGAGAAGGAAUUAUCAUGAAAGAAUUUCACCACCCCAACAUACUGUCCCUGCUGGGCAUCAUGCUGCCCAAGGAAGGACUUCCUCUGGUGGUUCUGCCAUACAUGAAACAUGGAGAUUUGCGCCAUUUCAUCCGAUCCGAGAAAAGGAACCCAACAGUGAAGGAUCUGAUUGGGUUUGGGCUUCAGGUUGCCAAGGGUAUGGAAUACUUGGCUCAAAAAAAGUUUGUUCACAGAGACUUGGCUGCAAGAAACUGCAUGCUUGAUGAAACCUUCACCGUUAAAGUAGCUGACUUUGGCAUGGCAAGAGACGUCUAUGACAAGGAGUACUACAGCAUUCAGAAUCACCAAAGGGCAAAGCUGCCAGUGAAGUGGAUGGCAAUUGAAAGCCUUCAGACACAGAAGUUCACUACAAAGUCAGAUGUGUGGUCUUACGGCAUCUUAAUGUGGGAACUGAUAACCAGAGGAGCCAGCCCAUAUCCGGACGUGGAUCCGUAUGACAUCACACACUACUUGCUUAAGGGACGAAGACUUCCACAGCCACAGUAUUGCCCAGAUACUAUAUAUUCCAUCAUGCUGGCUUGCUGGGACCCAGAACCUGAAUGCAGACCCAGUUUCCACAGCUUGGUGGCAGAAGUUGACCAAAUCCUGUCUGGCCUGGAAGGAGAACACUACAUCAACCUUAAGGUUACUUACAUCAACCUGGAUCAGCCAAGGCCGUACCCGCCACUAAGUGGUUCUGCAGUGGAUGAUGCCUCGGACUUUGACUCAGAUGGCUACUCAGCCAGCUGAGGUUGCAGUGAUGCAUGACUGUCUGAAAUCCCGCUGAAGCAUGAUAGACAGAAAGCAGUGAGGACUUUUAGAUACGGAAAACAUUGGUUUUAGUAAGUUGUGGUUAUUUUUCUAACCCUGAGUCUUUUUAACUACUGAUAUUUGUUAAAGUAUUGAUGCAGGCAGUUCCUCAUCAUUACUGGGUGGCAGAAUGUGUCAAAAGACAAUCAGAAAUGUUUUUGCAUCACUGGUACAUAUGGGACAAAAUGAAUGUAAGUAUUUUUACCUAAUGACCUGUUUGUCAAAACAUAAUUUUUAUUUAUAAGAGACAGCUAAUUAAUAUCCAGAGAUCUGCAGUGUAUAUUUUUUUUCUUUCGCCACUUGGAUACAUGGAAAUUUAAAUAUAUUUAAUAUAAAUAUAUUUCAUAGCUUCAAAAUGCUAAUGUAAUUUCGUGCAUGCAGAAUCCCAACAAGUACUGGUUUAUGCAGAGCUCAUCUUGCUUUUCAAAACUCUUCUUAUAUCCAGUUUUAUCACUAGAGGGUGACCAAGGCCUCAAUGUGAAGUGAACUGUUCUGCAGCAAGGCUUUGGCAGUGCGGUAAAACAGAAUAUCUCCAAACAGAGCUGCUGCAGCAACAGUACAGCUGUAUUUUUUCUGAAUCUAUUCCACACAGUAUAACCAAAUUCAGUUUUUUUUUUUUUUUUACUGUUUUAUAUUUCGUUC